AUGGCGACUGAAGAAAGUAAACGUCGCGUUGAAGCGCUAAUUCCCAAGUUCCAAUUUGAGCGCGUAAUUAAUCAAGGGGAAGCAGGACGGCACAUCACGUUAUAUGGACAAGUCGACUCGCAACCUGCGCUUCUUAUACUAGAACGCGCUCCUAUUCCCGACGCUGAAGAGUACAUCUCCGUCUUGCCUGCUAAUCUACGUAGCAUCACAAACCUAGGCAACAAUGAUAUAUACUCGUGGUUCCUAGCCUCGGGUGGGCCUAUCCUAAAGGAAGAUGAGAACGACAAGUUUGCCGACUUUAAGAUAUCCCUGAUAUGCCCUUGCACAGACACGCAUAUCAAGAAACACAGCAAACAAGGAUAUCGCUUUGUGACAGAGACACCUGAGAUCUACCGCGACAAGGUGCGGCCUCUUAUGCAGAUAAACCGAGAAGAGGGCCGUUUGAAUUGGGUCUUUAACAUCAUCGAAGGGAGGAAGGAAGUCGAAGACGUCAUUUAUAGAACACCGCUGGGCCAGGAUGGGGACGAAGGGUUCCUGAUGCUGCCGAAUCUGCACUGGGAUCGAAAGACGAUCGAAGCAUUACACCUUUUGGGUAUAGUUGAACGACGAGAUAUCUGGAGCCUGAGGGACCUUAAGAAAAAACACAUCCCUUGGCUGAAACAUAUGAAAUCCAAGCUGAUAGACGCUACGGUGAAGACAUACCCGCAGAUCGAUACGGAUCAACUGAAACUGUUUGUUCAUUACCACCCAACUUAUUACCAUUUCCAUAUCCAUGUUGUGCACGUCAUGCUGGAGGCAACUUCUACUCAGUCGGUCGGGAAAGCGAUUGGGUUGGAUAGUAUCAUCGAACAACUCGAGUCGAUGUCGGGAGAUGAAGAUGUUGGAAUGGACAGUAUCUCGAUAGGCUACACGUUGGGUGAGGCAUCGGACCUAUGGAUUGAAGUGUAUGAGCCACUUAAGAACUCCGGUAAAGCUUCUCAACCGCAAUGA